UCAAAUUAUUUAUUUUAGGUUUUAUUGAAACUGAACAAACAAAAUAUUGUUCAUAAAUCUAUUAUAAGACAGAGAAAAACUGCUCAAUUCUGGGUGGGAUAGAAGUAGGAAUAGGGGUACAGCUCUGUCCUUGGUCAUUCUAUUCAUGCAUAAAGCAUGUUCUACUGAAUUCCUUAGAGUCUGGAUAGCACAGUUUGAAAAACCUUCAGUGAAAUACAAAGAUCACUAGAUUAGAAAUCGAGAGAUUGAGAAUCCCAGUUCUGCUAUCAGCAAGCUGUAUUACUGAACCUCUAUGGGUAUAGAUUUCCUCACCUGUUAAAUAAGGAGAAUGAACUAGGUCUCUUUCAGGUCAAAUAUUUGAGGAAACCAUUAGCAACUAUAUGUAAAUCACAAAACUCCUAUACUUUAUUUGUUCACUGCUGCAAAAUAAGAUGUUUCCUGGGUAAAAUCCACAUGCCCACCUCAAAGUUCUAAGUGUCAGGAGUUUUUUUUUAAAGAAAUUUAAAGGAGUUCUGUGAAAAUUGCAAUAUAAAAUAUCUAAUUGUCCUGUUCUAAGCAGUUUCAAUAUUUCUGACUCUGGGAUAAUCAGUGGUAUUUCAUUGAUUCAUUCAGCAAACACAUUGAGUGCCCACUACCUGACAGGAAUUGAGUUAGGUAUAGAGGACAGAAAAGAUGACUAAAGCAUGUCCACUACUCUCCUCCCAAUACAAAAGGUAAUGUGUUUUUAACAAUUUGUGUUUUUCAACGAAACCUUAUCUGUUGUCUGCGAUGAUGCAUCCUUUCUAAAUGAUAGGGAUGGCUCUGACAUUUUAAAACUAAAUGAAAAACGAAUUGGCAUCCAUAAAGAACUGUGUAUUUAAAACAAUAUUUUCUUUUCACAGAAUGACUUUAUCAUAAUAGAUCUUUGAUCAACUUGAGCAAAGAGUAUUUAGUUUUAUAGGGUAUGAGAUGCUUUGCUUUCUGGAUAAGCAGGGUCUCUCUUAAAUAUGAAGAUGGCUCCAGUGUCCAGAGGGAGACUAAAAUCUCUCAGCUGCCAGCCACGCACAUUACCUGAAUGAUUCUGGAUUACUACUGCCUUCUUGAGAUGGGCUGGGGUCAAGACAGGGAAGAGUUUUGAACGAAGAUGCCAGCAGAGGCCUUUGAGAGGGUGGAUGGGAAUUGCGAAAGGCCCAUUUCCCCUAGACUUAAACCCAAAUUCCCUAGCUGUGAUACCAGGAACAUCCUUCGGGGAACUCUCCCUUUGUUAUUCACACUGGUAGAGCUCCCAGCUCAAUCCACAACUGCACACCCCCUCACUCUAAGAGUCACUCUUCCCAUGGUGGAGCCAACAUCCACCCUUUUACUCCAGACGUGGCAGCCCUUCUAGAUCCACCCAACCAUUGACUUACGUUCAAAGGCCAUCACCCACCCCAGCACCAUCUUCCAGGAACUGGCCUCUCCCCCAUAAGUCCCCGCCCCUCUUCUGAGAGCACCCAAUGGGUGGAGUCGGGGCUGCGGUGGGAGGGGCCUGAGGCGGGCACAUUUAAAGAAAGGCAGCCGGCGAAAAGAGGCAAGAGAGGAGAAGAAAGAGAAACCAGGGGGGCGAGGCGCCGUCCAAUGACAAAGCCCAGGGGUGGGCGCCGGCCGCCAUCUUGUACCGGGCGGCAGGAUAUUCGCCCGCGUCCUCCGCCCUCGGAGGGGGAGGGGCGGCGGCGGAGGCGAGAAAAGUAGCGAGAGACGCCAGCAGCGGCCGCCGCGGCGGAGCCGACGCGGACUGGGACGGCGGCGGCAGUAGUGGGACCCGGCGAGCGCGAGCGGCCCCGAGCGGCCUUCGAUGCGGCGCAGCAUGAAGAGGCGGCGGCGCCGGCCCGCGGCCGCCCGGGGCGGCGACUUUAGGGCAGAAGACGGGGCUGGGUUGGAGGCGCGGGAGGAGAAGGUGGUGUACUCGCGGUCGCAACUGUCGCUGGCUGACAGCACCAAGGCGCUGGGCGACGCCUUCAAGCUCUUCAUGCCCCGCAGCACGGAGUUCAUGAGCUCGGACGCGGAGCUCUGGAGCUUCCUCUGCAGCCUCAAGCACCAGUUCUCCCCGCACAUCCUGCGCAGCAAGGACGUCUACGGCUACUCCUCCUGCCGGGCCCUGGUGCCCGACCCCCCGGGGGCCCCAACAGCCCGCGGCCAGGCGCGCCGGCCGGUUCCGCGCGCCGCGGCCAGGAGGAGGCGCCGCGGAGCCCGGGCGGCCGCUGCCCGCAGGAGGAAGCCCCGGCCGCCACCCCCGCCGCCGCCGCCGCCCCCCGAGGAGAGCUGUCCGGCCAAGCCCGUGGCCCCCGGGCCCUGCUUCGGGGGCCGCACCCUGGAGGAGAUCUGGAGGGCGGCCACCCCGACGCUGACCACCUUCCCCACCAUCCGCGUCGGCAGCGACGUGUGGGGCGAGCGCAGCCUGGCGGCAGCGCGGCGCAGAGCGCGCCAGGUCCUGCGAGUGAACCUGGAACCCAUGGUGAGGCUCCGCCGCUUCCCGGUGCCCCGGGCAUGAGGCGCGGCCUCCAGGGCGCCUCCUGCCGGCCCAGACCCUGGGACAGACCUUCCGCCCGGAGGAAUGAACAAGUGUCAGUCGAGUGUUUACAGAUCCGGCCAGGACCCCGGCCCCCAGUGCACUUUACGCGCGAAGAAGUUGCCGGAUGGUUGUCCCUGUCCCGGGCCGCGGCGCCGUCGUCUUGGACGCCGGGGCAGGUGUGCCCUCUGCUGCCUCCCGCACCCGGGCUGCGGAGGGAGGGGACAGCUGGACCCGCAGGGGAGGUCCCUUUCUUCCUGACCCCACAUUGAGAUGUCUCCAGGACCUUAGGGGCAGAUCCGUUUUCUCCCAGUUGGACUCUACCUCACUGGUCUGGAAGUCCUCCGAAGACAUCAUUUUUCCAAAGGAAUUUGGUUUCGUGCUUGUGUAAUAAAGCCAGAAUUUACUUGCUCUUUAUCUCCCCCUUUUUCUAUUUCACUGCCACCCCUCUUUCUGGACAGAAGUUCGAACAUGUGGUGUUGCACUAGUUUGUGCUCAGGGUAUUCUGAAGCCCACUCGUUUCCUAAUUUUUACUGGAUUCCAAAACUUUGAUCGAGGAUAUUUUUUAAGAGGUUCAAGCUUGUGAUUGUUAGUAGUGCAAGGAUUUGUAUGGGCUCAGUGAUUACAAAAUACAACUGUUUAAGCAUUUUCAAGGUGUUUCUAAAGGUUUUGUAUUGAAGCAAUGUUUAUGUUUACUGAGCUCCUAAAAAUGGUAGAAUACACAUGAAAACUUUUGUUUAGGAAAAGUUAACUUGUUAAAUUCUUUUGAAUUGAAUAAAAAAAUGAGUUGAAACCAUAUGGUGUGUGAUUAAAAAAAUGAAUACAUUGUGAAGAACUGGUUUUGCUUACAGGAGUCACUGGAAUCCGACUGGAGAUGAUUUGGCCCCCUGUCCUGGUCUAACAUACAAAUCCAGGAAUAUUAUGCGUUAAAGUAUUUUAAAAUACAUUAUCCUUGUAAUGUAUUUUAACGUUAAAAUACUUUAACGCAUAGGAGAGAUGGAUGUGUGUAAACAUGACUAAAAUGAUAAACAGAAUACCCAUUAGAAUUCUUAGAACUAUUAAUGAUCAAGAGGGGUGGAGGCAUUUCUUGGUAUCAAAUAACUGGUUGAGGUUACUUGGGGCGAAAUAAAUCUAUUUCCUUUUUGUUUUUGUUGUUGGAUAACAAGAAAUGUCUAGACUAAUAUUCAUCAGUUUUACAAACAUAAUGAAAAUUAGUUGCCUUUUAGUUGACAUUUUUGUCCCAACAUUUUUUUAACCUUUUUGCCACUCAUUAUAUGUUUGCAGUUCUAGGUCUUUGACAGCUGAAGACCACAGGAAUCAAACAGGCGAGCCACACAGAAUACUGACCCUUCUUUACGCUUUUAUAGUGUUUAUACCAUAUGGCCCAGUGUGGAAUUCUUGAUUAUCCAAGUGCCUUUGGUCAUUUGUGGCAGGAAAACUUAAUAGUUUUUAGCCAGCAGUGCCGCAGCCAGCUUUUACUGCAAUACCUAAAGGGUCAAGUAGUGUUUUUGUACCACUAUUAUUUCAAAUUUAAGUAUUCUGCCAUGAAACGAUCCAUACUGGGCUGGAACGUGACAUGUGAAAUCUUUAAUACUAAAGCUUAUCUCUGCUUGGCAGCUUUUUAGGAGAAUAAUGAGAGUUACAAUUUUGACUCUUGUGUUCCGAGAAUUCAAAUGGCAUAGCUUUCUGAAAUGAGUAUUUCAAGUUUAGUAGUCCAUAUAGGAGUGUUGUGACUUUAAUUUCAGUGUUCUUGUUUUGUUAAAAGAAAAAAAAUUAUAUAUACACACAUAUAUAUAUAACUCGAUGCCAGUUUUCUAGUAAGCCUCAGUCUUUUAUUCACUACUCAAUGAUAAUGCAUUGUACAAACACUGUCACAUGAGUAAAUAAAAAUAAUUGUUUAGAAGAUGGAAAGUGUUAAAUUAUAUUGGUGAUAGGAAGCUUAGACGUAUCUUUUGGUUAUUAGCUUCCAUUGCCAAUUGUAUUUCAGAUGCAUAGGGUUUUCUUCCCAAAAAUAUAUUGUUAACUUUUAUAGCUAACUAGCAGCUGGAAAAAAUGUAUUUGUACAACUUCACUAUUGUAUAUAGUUUUAUAAUAAUGAAAAAUAAACUCAAUGGCCAUAUUAGAAUGCAAUUUCGACAUAUAGCUUAUCUAGAUAGUUUUCCAGAGGAUUUUGAAAUUUGGCUUAACUGGGAGGAUAACUGCUCAGCACACAACUGAAACAUAACCAUUGACACCAUUCAUUUAUUUUAACUGAGAUUCUUGACAUUUUUCUCUCCUAUGCCUUGUUACUUUAGCAUACUUGAACUCACAUAAAUGCUUCUUUGGAUUACAUGGGCUAUCUGAUUCCAUUUUGGAUCUGAUUGUCCAUCUUGAAUUCAAUAAUGGUAUUCAUUUGGGCUAUUAAAAAAUUAUGCCAUUUCUAGUCUGUGAAAUAAGAUGUAAAAAAUCUUUAUUUUUGCCCUUUCCUUUGGUAAAAACCUAUGUUACAACUUUUAAAAUGUGAAGCAACAUCUAAUACAGUUGACUGGUAUACUAAUAGGAAAGUGAAAGUAUUUCAUGGGUACUUUGUCGCAGAAUGUGAAAAGAAACUUGGCAUAGUGGCCUUUAUCAUGAGGCAUCCACUUACUUGUCCUCUGAAGUGAAGUCUGUAGCUUAGCUUGUGUAUAGUUUUUGAAAGAAAUCUCAUGGUCUUCGUUCAUUCUCUUGCCUUCUCUUUUAUCUCAUAUGGCACAAGUAGAGGGGGAAGCCAGGAGGAAAUUCAUCACCUUGCUAUGCUUUUAUUUGAUUUUUAAUUCCUGAGUGCCUAAAUGUGGUGACUGGCACCUCACAUAACUUUUUGAGAUUCCUGAUGUCAUUUUUAUCCUUCCUGUCAACCAGCAAUGUAUUUUUAUGUUACCAAAACCAGUAACGUCAUAAUUGUUGAGGGCAAGCUUCAUUGUUGAUAGUGCAAAGUGUCGCUGUUGUGAUGUGUAUUUAUUUUAUUCAAGUUUGAAUAUUGACAAGUGUAACUUAAGCUGGUGACUCACACCUAUUGAUCUGCUGUGUGCAAAUGAUAGUACUAUUUUUUAGAAAACUCUUAAGUAAAUUUUAAAAAUAUUUGAAUACAAAAUAUCUGAGCAAUUUUGAACUCAAAAGUUUUUCAUCAUUUUAAGGAUUGCCGCAGGACUCUUUAGUGGUUUUUAAUGGACGUAUAUGCCUAAUAUUUACUUUAUUGGUGUGUUUAAAAUAUUUUUUGAUAGACUAUUAUGUCUUAAGUGCAUUAGAAAACAAUUGUUUGUAAUGGAAUCAAAGUGUUUCCCUGGACAGUUUGAUGUGCUUAUGGUUGAGAUUUAUAAUCUGCUUGUACUUUGCUUUUUAACUUAUUAGCUGUAAAUAAAUUUUAGAGAAUACAUAGUGUCUAGUUUUUCUAAUGAUUUGAACAUUUUUGAAAUGGUAUUUUGUAUUUGCAUGUGACUCAGAAAACAUCUUAAUUUACAAUUUGAUAAAUUUUGACUUUUUUGUGAACUUCAAACUCCCAGAAAUCUCGAGAUUUGUUUUUUAUGCUAUCUCGGGAGUCUGUGUUCCAUCAAUUCUUUAAUUAUCUAGUGAAUUUUUAGGAUAAAAGCCCAACUUAUUAACCAGUUUGCCAGCAAUAAAAUAUCCUACAAAAAAAUGCAUCAAAAUUCAGAAUUCUCUAAAUCCUGACCCGAGGUGCCCCUGUGACGAUGACAAAAUGUCUAAAGCUCUUGCUCUUUCAUAGCAUGAAAGGAAGUAAGAGUGCUCCAUUUGAGUACCAGUGGUAUGGGCUGUUCCACAGAAUAAGGGCAGGGCUAGAAUUUUCAUUAGAGUCUAGAAGGCAGAAGUGGAGUAUUAGUGAACAGCACAGCAAGAGCCAGAUUCAUAGGUAGUACUGUGUAGGCGGAAUUUGUCUUUGUACCUGAGUUCCUAUUAUUUUGAGGCAGCUUAGUGUAAUAGUUGUGGAGUCACAGUGCCUGGGGUGGAAUUAUUAUGCAAACCCUUGUGACUUACAAGUGUUGAGACUGUAAGUAAGUUACUUAAAAUAUUUGUGCCUUAGCUUCCUCAACUAUCAAAUGUGAUUAGUGAAAGAAACUAUUGGGAUAUUAUAAGGAUUAAUAACUACCCCUUUCAAAGGGUAGUAAUGCUAGACACAUAGGAAGUACUAAAUAAAUGCUAUUAAUUACAGGUAUGCACAGUGAGAAUAGGUAUAUAUACUGACAAUGGUCUGUUGUGAGUUUAGCUCUCCAGGUUUCUCAGCAUCCCAAGGAUAUUGUGUGGUCUGGGAAAGCUGUAAGAUAAAUGAAGAGAAGAGAAUUUGUGCAUGAAUAAAAUUGAAGAUAUAAGGAAAUCAUAUAAUUUUUUAGCUUGCUGACUAUGCAGUAGGAGAUUGGAUUAAGUUGAUUUAUUACAAUUUUCCUUGUUGGAGUUUUUUUUUUUUUAAAUUCACAUCUUCUUUUAUUAUAUCUAAGACAUUUGAAUGUGUUGUUAGGUGUUUUAAAGUAUCUGAGAAUUUAUAACAGUAAUAGAUUUAAAGCUAUUGAUCCAAGAACUUGAAAGUUUUGGACUACAUAUUUGCUUAGAGUAAGCUCAGUAAGUGUUGCUUAUAAACGAAGUUAAUUUAUAUGCAUAGAACCAAGCUAUAAUUAGUUUGUAUAAAGUUUAUAAUUCAGGUGUUAAAGGAAACAAAGUGAGUAUAAUAGCUGUGCUUGAAACACCAGAAAAUUAUUACUGAAAGUAAAAAAUAAUCUUGAAUUUGAAGCAUUGACACACUCAUUUUUGGAUGUCAGAUAUAAAGCCCGUAAUUUAGAUCUAAUUCCUCGUAGCACAAAGAAUAGAACAUCCUCUAAAUUGGUGAACAAGCCAAAGUUGCAGUUAUCUGAAGUUGACACAAAAUAAUUUCCUGGAAAAUUAUUAGAUGAAAGUCAUACAAGAACAAGAAGUUAAAAAUUGAGCCUAAUUGCAGAUUUCAUAAAAGUAAUGACUUCUCACUGUCAUCACUCUCUUGUGUCUUGGUAAAUGUCAUUCUAAACCAUGAUCUAUAACAUAAUAAACAUAUCUAAAGCCCAACUGGAAGGUAAUAAUCAUAAAAACACCAAACAGUAUGUUUAGCCCAGAAAAUUUGAAUAAGUAGUCUACUGAACCCAAAACUGGACUUAUUUAGCUUCCUAAAGCAUUCAUAGAAAAGUUAAAUUGAGAUUCUUCCAAGUAGUACAAUUAACUGUAAAAUGUGUACAUAUUUCUCUUUUCAAGGAAUUUUUUCAAGUACAUAUUCUUUAAAGAGCACAGAAAAAAGAGUGUGGCUUAGGGUUCUAAAUCUUACAGAGUAAAAAAAUUAUUGAAGCAAAAACAAAUGUAUAAAAAGUACAUACAAAUGUACAGUUUGAUGAAUUUUCAUAAAUUCAAUAGGCUCAUGGAACUAGCACUCAGAUUUAAAAAAUACAGUUAUGAGUACCCCUGAAGUCCUCCCUAACACCCCAUCAGUCAUUACCUACUCACCUUCUUGCCCAGGAUAACCAUCAUUUUGAUUUCUUACAGCAUAUUUUUUGCUUAUUUUUGAACUUUACAUAAAUGGAAUUAUUGGUCAUGUGUCUAGCUUCUUUCACUUGAAAUUAUGUUUGUGAGAUUCAUAUUGUUGUAUGUACUAUAAUUGUAGAUCAUUUAUUCUCAUUGGUGUAUAGAAUUCCACUGUGUGAAUAUUCCACAAUAUAUUUAUUCAAGUCUUGGUGGGCAUUUGGGUAGAUUCCAGUUUGGAACAAUUAUAAAUAAAGCUUUGAUGAAUAUUCUAAAA